AUGCUCACCAGAAGGAAAGCCCGAGCGGCAACCGGUGAAUCAAACGACAGCUUCAACGAUGAUGCGAGAAGUACCACUAUGGACAUGGAAUCGGGCCAGGUCAGCGACGCUUCCGAGUUUUCUGAUGAGCCCGAUCGUCCAUCGACUUCGUCAAAACGGCCCGCAAAGAGAAAGCGAAGAACUACGGGUCCAAAAUUAUCCCGUGAAGAGGCCCUGAAAAAGAAGCGCGAGCAUAUGAGGGAAUACAGGGCUCGUCUACUGCCCGGCGAAACCGAAGAAGACCGAAAACUGCGCUGGUGGGCCAUCUACCGCAGAUGGCAUGAAGAAGAAAAGCUACGCUACACGCCGGAGGAACGCGCACUACGCAAGGCGGCUGAAUACGAAAAAAGACUUCUCAAAAAGCAAAUGGAGACACCGGAACAGCGCGAAGAGCGGCUGGCGCAUCAACGCGAGUGGGGACGCCGGAACCAGGAAGGGAAGCCGAGGAAGAAGAGGGUGGGCGGGCCAUUGACCGAAGCCGAGAUUGAGCGCAGACGGAUCGCUAGAAAAGUACGAGCCGCCGAGGAGACCGCUGAAGAGAAAGAGUACAGAAAGGAACAACACAGGCUAAAGAUGUUCAAGCGGAACCCGGAAGAAUAUCAGCGAAAACAAGCGGCGAGGGAGAUUCGCGAGGCGAAGGGAAGAAAAGAGCCGGCGGAAGAGAUUGAAGAGUUCAGGGUGCGGUUGGUGGCGGAGGUGCGGCGCUUGAUCGGAUUGAAUCCGGUCGUCUCGCGACCGAUCCCUGCUGAUCCCAGUAAAGAACAAGUCGUGAAGUUGCAGCCCAUCGAAAACCCGGAAACUGAGGGCUCGUCCGCGCCUUCGCCGGCCGAUUCCAAUCAAGAGCCUGCCGGCCCCUCAACGGUUGGCGACAGUGCACCGGAAAACCCCCCAGCGCCUCAGAACCGGUACCCAGAUUUGCCAGACGAAAUCGCGGGGCUCAUGGAGCGCCGGAUCGCGGUUUAUGGCAGGCCACGGAAGAAGACGGUUGCGAAGGACGCGAACGCCGCGCCGCCAGCGCCCCGGAAAAAACCUUCCGGGAACCGCUGCUGCGUCGUGAAACAAGAAAGCGGCGGCGUAGUCCGUUAUUUUGCGGCACGACCGGGCUUCCAGUUCGAUCAAAGCGUGCCCGGUCAGAUCAAAUUCGCGGUAGGCACUGCUACAACGCCACCGAUCCCCAGCUACCCGCCAAUGGAUGAUGCUGCACGGCAACAUGCCGAAUUGAAGCGGCGAUUGGCGAUUUGGUGGAGGCACAAGCUGACCAUCGAGACCCCGGAAGCGCGCGAGAAACGGAUGAAAGAUGGCGCCCGAUAUGUCGUGAGGUUCGAGUUCAAGGCAGCGGGAAGAGAUCAAAGAGUCUGGGUGAACUACAAGCCGCCGGCCCGGAUGCCCACCUUCGUGCUUCACGACCCCCGGCCACAGAAACCGCCCUCGAUGGCACAAGGAAACGAAAAUGCGUCGCAAGAGGUUGGUGACCAAGCGGCAGCAAGCCAAACGGAAACUCCUGAUGAUUGGGACGAUGGGCUGGAGUACGUCGACGACUACCCG